AUUUGCAUCACUCCAACAUGGUGGCGUCCAUGAGGUCACGAAUUUGUUGGGCUACAAAAUUCCUGCUGGAUUCCUCCGUUAUCAUGAAACCCAGGGAGCUGUCAGGUGCUAGAAACUUGUUACCAGCUGCAGCUGUAGGAUCUCAGAGCCACACCUGCUGCCACAGGUUACACACCUCCACCUGCAGACUACAGGACACACCCGAAAACCUUCUGAAAUACAGGUAUAAAUCGUUGGGCAUAGACAGAUGGAACCCACCAGACUUAGAUCCCACAUCAAUAGAGGAGCAUCCUGCUGUUCUGGAGAAGGUGAAAGAAGAGAUGGUAUCCCCUGAUGUGGGCAGACUGUUCGCUGUGGUGCAGGUCGCAGGGAAACAGUUCAAGGUCACGACGGAGGACCUGGUGUUGAUACAGCAGGAGAUGUUCGCAGAUCCAGGAGAGAGAAUUAGGCUAGAGAAGGUAUUACUUGUUGGUGGUAACAACUUCACAUUGAUUGGAAAACCGAUAUUGAGUCGUGACCAGGUUCGGAUAGAAGCCACGGUCAUCGAGAAGUUCAUGGCUCUUCCAGUUGUGGUGUACAAGUUCAAAAAACGGAAAGGCUACAGGAAGAGGAGAGAUCACUCGCAGCCAUGUACAGUACUGAGGAUCAAUAGCAUAGAGGUGGCACCAAACCUCAACUGAAGAUUCUGGAGAAUGUUAAACUAAAGAACUGUUUCUUACACUGGUAGUUCAUAGCAAAUUAAGUGGAAACUCAAAGAUAGCCAAUCUGCACUUUUGUACUAGUACAAAUGUACCUCAUUGGAUUGAGAAAGUAUUUUUCUUUUUCCUGGCAUAGCUGUUGGCAUUACUAUUGUACAUUUGUAUGAGUGUAGAACAGUGCUGGCAUUUUGUUGUAUCGCAGGACUCGUAGAUACAUGUAUCAGUGAAAGCAGUGCUGUUAUGAUGGCAUCAGAAUGGACUACCACUUAAGUGAUAGACAAAUACAUUUUGUACAUGUACAAUGUGUUUGUGUCUGAUGAAGAUACAUAAUGAAUGAAAAAUAAAAACAACAUAUGAUUGUGAUUUUAUUUCAACCUGUCUUAUUCAUUACAUUCUCCCAGGCAGAGCUCCCACCCAUGGCAAUAAGCAAUAUUAAGGCUGUGUUUCCAUGGGUGGAAGAAUUGUUUAAUACAUGCAAGGCCAAGGCUAAACAAAUUUAAGAUAUCUCACUGUAACAAGAUUUUCAUACCUCCAAGAUAAAUCUAGCACAACUCGACCACAGCAGGAAUUAUGCUAUCUCAUUGUUAUUAUGUGCAUAAGAUACAUGUACACCAUUGAAACAUGCUACCAGUAGUUACAUCAACUUUUGGGUCGUAUUAAAUUUAAAAAAAAACUAUGAUAAAGGCUGCAAGCAAAUUUCCCACAAUGAGACAUUAAAGUGUCAC